AUGCGUGUUAUAGAGGACUGGACUUCCAGAGAGAAGCACUACAAUCAGCUGGAGAAAAGAUUAAAGCAUGAAGCCUUUAUGCUUGGCACGUCCAACAUGAAACACGAGAAAGAAGGAUUUGAUAUUUUCAUUACAACCGCACCGAUUCCAGAUCUGAAUGCAAAGCUUAACGUAUUUGGACGCGUCAUCAAAGGAGAAGAUAUUGUUCAGGAAAUCGAGGAAGUGGACACAGACGAACAUUACAGACCUAAAUCUCGAAUCGGGAUCAUUGACGUGACACUGAAAUAG